AGGGUCUGCUAUGAAAGAAAUUGGACAUUGGGAACCGUUGUUGGAUACAACGGAAUAUUUUGUCACACUGUUAUCACAUUUACUAUUGAAAGCUAUGUGUUUACUAGGUUGGCAUGAAACAUCAAGUAAGUGAAUCAACUUUGCUCACCUAUCUGACCACAGGAUGCCUUUUUGAAGCAUUAGUAGCCAAAAAAUCCCUUGAAAGCUAUACCCACAUCAUUAUUGACGAAGUGCACGAGAGGGAUGAAGAUACUGACUUCCUUCUCUUGGUCGUCCGCAAGUUCCUCCGUCAUACGAGGACGACAACUAAAGUCUUUCUGAUGUCAGUUACUUUUGAUGCCGACAAAUUUGGCCAAUAUUUCAAUAGCCCCGUCAUUGGAAACUUUCCGUUCACGUCCAAAAGACCAUUUCGCAACGCUCCCAUAAUUGAAGUGGAGCACGGUGAACCUCACGACAUACGCGUUUAUUAUAGUGAACAUCUUCAAAAACUAGAGUUUCUAGGGGGGAGUAUGAUCUACCUCUAUGAUAGCGUACCGGAAAUCCAUAAGCUCAAAUACGAAGCGGUCGCUAAGUUAAUUUCGGCUUUCGAUGGCAGACGAGAGAUACAGCGCUACGGUCGCCAUCCAAAAUCCAAAAUAUGAAAACAUUUCCAGCAACCGCAGCGCAAUACUUAUAUUCCUGCCCGGCGUCUGUGAAAUAGAAAAUAUGCACAAAG